CUGCGUGAGUGGUACUUACAGUACUGCAGCCUCAGGAGGGGUGCUUCUGGAGCUAGGAGCGCUGCUGGAGCUGGUGCUCGUGCUUCCCCUCCUAGGCGGGAGCUGCCCUCUCCCCAGCGGCUCCGAGAGUGGUACGCUCGGCGCUGCAGUCUCCGGAGUGGCGCUCCUAGUGUCGCGGACCCUGGUGCUGGAGCUGCUGGCGGUGCUGCUGGCGCUGCUGGAGGUGCUACUGGUGCUGGAGCUGCUGGAGGUGCUGCUGCUGCUGGCGGUGCUGCUGGCGCUGCUGGAGGUGCUGCUGGUGCUGGAGCUGCUGGAGGUACUGCUACUGCUGGCGGUGCUGCUGGCGCUGCUGGAGGUGCUGCUGGUGCUGGUGCUGCUGCUGCUGGCGGUGCUGCUGGCGCUGCUGGAGGUACUGCUGGUGCUGGAGCUACUGGAGGUACUGCUGCUGCUGGCGGUGCUGCUGGCGCUGCUGGAGGUGCUGCUGAUGCUGGUGCUGCUGGAGCUACUGGAGGUGCUGCUGCUGCUGGCGGUGCUGCUGGCGCUGCUGGAGGUGCUGCUGGUGCUGGUGCUGCUGGAGCUGCUAGAGCCGCUGGUCCUGGAGGUGCUCGUACUGGAGGUACUGGAGCUGCUGGGACUGGGCCUGCUGAGGGGGUUGGAGCUGGAGGUGCUGAGCGGCCGCGGCCGUACUACGUUCCGCUCCUUCAGCAGGUUCUUGGUCUCCCGCCCUCUCCUGGUCCUUCUCCUCCCCUACUGAGUCCACCGUCUGUCCAGUCGCAGUCACAGUUACAGCCUGCCUCUCCGCUGCCUGCUCCUUCUCCUUACACUGCGCCGACGGAGUCCCCUGUCCGCGCUGGUCGUCGUGCUCCGCGUCAGCGUCCUCCUCCUGUCCUUGGCACUCACUAUAUGACCCUGCGUCCUUCCACUGCUCCACAGCGUGUCCCUCUGCCGUCUCCUCCUGCGUCCUCUCUUCCUGAUGUUGCUGACCCGCCGUUUGACCUUGCUCGUGCUGCCAGUCCUACUGUCACGCGUUUCCUCGCUACUGUUGUCACUGACCCUACCUUUGAGUCCACUGCUGCGUCUGCUCUAGUCGCUGAGCUUGUGGACUUUGCUGCCGCCUGUCGUCUAGACUACGCCGCUAGCCUUGUUGCUGAGUCUGAGUCUGUCUGUCCUCCGUCCGUCGGGGGUGAGUGUGCUCUUGGCACGGACGUCCUUGAGGACAGACAGGAGGAGUUUGAGUGCUUUGCUGCUGCUUUACCUCAUCUCGUGUCCAUGCUGAUUGCCCCUGAGGGAGACCCGGAUGCACCAGACAUCCCGACCCCACGCUCUUACGCAGAGGCGAUGGAGGGUCUCUACUCCUCUCAGUGGCAGACAGCCAUGGACGCAGAGAUGGCUUCCUGGAAGUCCACAGGCACCUACGUCGACGAGGUUCCCCCACCUGGGGCGAACAUCGUCAGUGGCAUGUGGAUUUUCAGGGUGAAGCGGUCGCCGGGUUCUCCGCCUGUCUUCAAGGCGCGUUACGUUGCUCGAGGCUUCAGUCAGCGAGAGGGAGUUGACUUCUUCCAGACCUUCUCCCCGAUCCCGAAGAUGACCACUCUUCGGGUUCUGCUGCACGUCGCUGCUCAGCGUGACUACGAGCUCCACUCUCUUGACUUCAGCACUGCGUUCCUACAGGGCAACCUGCAUGAGGAGAUCUGGCUGCGCCGCCCACCUGGCUUCACAGGGUCGUUCCCUCCUGGUACCCAGUGGAGCCUCCGGCGGCCAGUCUACGGUCUCCGCCACGCACCCCGUGAGUGGCACGACACACUGAGGACUACGCUUGCGGCUCUUGGGUUUGCUCCUUCUACUGCUGACCCGUCGCUGUUUCUACGCACUGACACCACUCUGCCGCCGUUCUACGUUCUCGUGUACGUCGACGACUUGGUCUUUGCUACUGCUGACACUGAGGCACUCGCCCACGUGAAGUCGGAGCUGCAGAAGAGACACACGUGCACAGACCUGGGUGAGCUGACAAGCUAUCUUGGCUUGCGGAUCACCCGGGACAGAGUCCAGCGCACCAUCACCUUGACUCAGUCACACAUGGUGCAGCAGGUCCUUCAGCGCUUCCGCUUCACGUACUCCUCGCCUCCUAAACCCACUCCUCUGCCUACCGGUCACUCGCUCUCAGCUCUGCCUUCGGAUGAGUCCGUAGAGCCGAGUGGCCCAUAUCCAGAGCUUGCUGAGAUCUACGCCACAGCCAUGGCUGCCCAGGAGCUACGCUGGCUCACCUACCUGCUGACCGACCUCGGAGAGCGGCCUCGUUCUCCUCCAGUACUGUACGUCGACAACAAGGCAGCCAUUGCCUUGUGUCAGGGGCACAGACUGGAGCACAGAACGAAGCACAUCGCUCUGCGCUACUUCCUUGCUCGAGAGCUGCAGCAGCGUGGUCAGCUUCGUCUCUCGUACGUGGCCACUCGGGCCAACACUGCUGAUGUGUUCACCAAGGCGCUUCAGCCUUGUGAUCAUCAGCGUUUCUGUACUGUUCUAGGCCUUGUGCCUACUCUCCCUCACUUGCUCACUUCUUGA